GCCUUUAUUUGAGCAGCGCUCGACGGCCAUCAUAAUAAUAAUAAGAAGAAGAAUAUAUAUACAUGACGCCGGUAACGUAGCGUCGGAUUCCAUUCGUUCAUAUAACCUUGUUAUCUGGACUUUCGAGCAAUCAAUUGGAGACGCAGGAAGAUAUUAGUCCUAUCCCAAAUACUUUUGAAAAGAAAUGCUACAUAUAAUAAAUGUGUUCGAUAAUUCAUCGCUUUUUAUAACCGGUUCGACUUGUUGUAAUGCAAUAUUCCAGGUUUCCUUUGCUUAGCGUUUUACUCAUUGCUGCGCGGUGACAGAGAGAUAACGCGACAUUUAAAGUAUAAAUUGUGCCAGUUAUCUGCUCGUUAUCAGUGUGAUAUAUAAGCAGGAUCUUAAAUUGCAUACGUGCAUUUAGCAUUCGUACUUUGCAAAAACCUUGAAACGUGACACGCAAGAGUCAAGAUGGCAUUAAGAGAGGUAAAGGAAUUGGUGAAGCUGUAUAAAUCGUUAGCUGCGUAUCCGUCCUUAAGCAGCGCACAGAUCUUGACUGCUAAGAGCGGCAAGUUAUUCAUACAGGCCUCAUGGACGCAGAGGAAUCUGGAGAGGAAGACGGAUCAACGCUUCUUACAGAAUUACGAAUUAAAUUCAGACUUGACUCUAGAUUCUACCCAAUUUCCAAUUGAUACUACCACAGAGUUGAUGUACACCUUGACAAAGAAUGAGGAACGCAGAGCUGUACUGCGGCAAGUCACAAUUGAUAAUUCUACAAAACAGUUCAUAGAAAUCUGGGAUAAGCAACAUUUCGUGAAAAAUUAUGAUCUAUCUGCACUGGAUGUCCACGGCGAUGUUUACACCGAUGCCGAAUUUCGUUCAUUUGAAUGGUCUCCGGAUAAUACCAAGGUUCUGUACAUAGCAGAAAAAAAGCUCCCUAAGUCAGAACCGUUUUAUAAGCAAAAAUCAUUGGAUAAGAAAGAUAAGGAGAAGAAAGAGGAUGAUGAAGCAACAGUGGGUAAUGAAUAUAUCUACAAACCACAUUGGGGAGAACAAUUAGUAGGUAAACACCGACCUGUUGUUGCUGUUCUCGAUACGACGAUGGAUACCAUUACAAUUUUAUCUGGAAUACCAGAUGAACUUUCUCCCGGUCAAGUGAUUUGGACGAAAGAUCAGGAUGUAAUUGGUGUUGCUUGGAAGCAUGAACCACUAUACUUAGGCCUUACUGCGUGCACCAAUAGAUAUUCUUGGAUAUUUUUAUUGAAAAAUGGAGAAUAUCGAAAAUUGUCUGAUGAAGGAUGUGCUGUGCACAGUCCUAGAAUCAGCCCUGAUGGAAAUUAUCUCGUGUGGUUGCAGAGGGAAGCAGGUCUCGUUCCACAUCAUAAUGUGCACAAGCUUAUGUUGAGAGAUUUGAGAGUGGAAGAGGAUCAUAAUAACGAGAUCGUGGAAGCAGUGCGAACAAGUAAAACAAUUAGUCAAAACAGACAAUUUUAUGGGAUAUAUGGUCGUUUACCUCGUCGUUGUUGGAGUGACGAUUCUCAAUACUUAUUUUUCAGUACGCCUCAAAGAAACAAUAUCGUCUCGUACAUCGUGAAUAUAACAACAAAAGAUAUUACUGAGAUAAGAAACGACAGAAGCAGUCUUUCUAUACUGGACGUAAAGGGAGAUGUGAUUGCAUUUGUGAACACUUCUUUAAUGCAAUAUUCUACUCUUAUGGCGGGUCGUUUUAACAUUGAAGCGGCAAAUAAUGGAGAUAUUCCCAGAAGUGCGAUUACACUUCCAAUAAAAAUUCCUGGUCCUGAAGAAAUUAUAUAUGAACCUAAUGAAUAUAGUUACGAUAACGAUGACAGUAUAAAGCAAUUCAACUAUAUUUAUUUCGGACCAAAGAGUGGUAAAGAUCAAUCGGUACCUUUUAUAGUUAUACCACAUGGAGGACCUCAUAGCAAUUUUGCAAAUACAUUUUCUCUCGAGUCUUCUUUCUUGAUAUCAGCAGGUUUUGCAGUAGUGCUAGUAAACUAUCGUGGUUCUACGGGAAUGGGCAGCGCAACGGUGGAGUAUCUUCAAGGAAAAGUUGGGAACGUGGAUGUGAAGGAUUGCAUAACUGCUACGCAGGAAGCGAUCAAGAGAUACCCUUGGCUCGAUCCUAAACGCAUAGGACUUAAUGGCGGAUCUCACGGUGGAUUCUUGGUAGCACAUUUGAGUGGGCAAGCUCCAGAUCUGUUUAAAGCAGUAAUUGCAAAAAAUCCUGUCAUCGAUAUCGCUACCAUGUUCGGUACAUCUGACAUCCCAGACUGGUGCGCUGUGGAAGCAGGUAUUCUUUUCAACAUUGUUACCGGUCCUUGGCCCAAUGACAGCGACGUGUUUGUGAAAAUGAGGAAUUGCUCGCCCAUAGUGCAUGUCGAUAAGGUCAAGGCACCAACCUUGAUUUGUAUUGGAACGAAAGAUCUACGAGUACCAUGCUCUCAAGGAACGAUGUGGUACAACAGACUCAAAAUUAAUAAAGUGAAAGCUAAGAUGCUGGUGUACGAUGACAAUCAUCAGUUGGGAACUGGAUCAGCUGAGAUCGAUCAUAUCAUCAACGAUUACCUAUGGUUACUGGAGCAUACGUCUAAGGAGUCUGAAGACAAAAAAUAAAUUGCAACCAUUUGAUUAUAUGUAUGUAUAUAUACACAUAGAUUUUUAUUAUCACAAAUGGAAUAUUUACAUGAUUUUAUUACAUACAUUUUAUAAAGACAUAAUAUUUAAUCUCCAAAAAUAUACGCACACGUCCAGUACUUGUAUACAUUAUAUAAAAUUUUUAUGCUUUA